AUGGAGGAAGCUAGCUUUAUGCUGACGGAAAUUCCGGGCGGUUUCAUAUCGCACCGACCGCACACGAUCGCCGGUGGGCAUCAUCAUCGGUUCGCGCCCUAUCCGGUUGUUUUGCAUCAGCCACAUCUGCAACAAUCGGCGAACUCGCCAACGAUAUACACCAUUCCAUCGCAUCAUCUGUCGCACCAUCAUGCCCACUCACAUCACGCACAUGCCGGACACCAUGCAGCUCACCAUCAUCACCAUCAUCACGCGGCGAUCCGGUCGGCAAACCGUCCCAAAAGUCCGAUCACUCCACCCACGCAGGCCAUCGAGGAAGAAGGCACACACAUCGGACAUCUAUACCCAGAAAUAUUGGCAAUGAUCUUCGCUAAGCUAAGCGUCAGGGAUCGUGGCCGUGCGGCACAAGUGUGCACCGUUUGGCGUGAUGCUGCGUACGCAAAAAGCUGCUGGCGGGGCGUUGAAGCCAGUUUGCAUCUUCGGCGGCCUUCGCCGACACUGUUCGGCUCGUUGGUCAAACGAGGCAUCAAACGCGUCCAGGUGUUAUCGGUGCGCCGCGCUCUGAAGGACAUUGUGACCGGCGUACCGAACUUAGAGUCACUUAAUCUGAGCGGCUGCUACAAUAUCACGGACAUGGCUAUAGGGCACGCGUUUGCUGCCGACUUCCCUAACCUAAAAGUGCUCAAUCUAUCACUUUGCAAGCAGGUGACCGAUUCGAGCCUUGGACGCAUCACACAACAUUUGAAAAAUAUAGAAGUGCUAGAGCUUGGAGGGUGCAGCAACAUCACCAACACGGGUCUGUUGCUGAUUUCGUGGGGUCUGAAGAAGUUGCGUCGUCUCAAUUUGCGCUCCUGUUGGCAUAUUUCGGACCACGGUAUCGGUCAUCUUGCCGGGCUUAGCAAAGAAACCGCGGACGGAACUCCUGCCCUCGAGUACCUGGGAUUACAGGACUGUCAGCGGCUCUCGGACGAAGCGCUACGACACAUUGCCCAAGGUCUCAGCUCGCUGCUAUCGAUCAAUCUGAGUUUCUGCGUUUCCGUCACCGACAGUGGUUUGAAGCAUCUGGCGCGUAUGUCGCGCCUAGAGGAGCUGAAUUUGCGCGCAUGUGAUAACAUAUCGGACAUCGGUAUGGCGUACCUGACGGAAGGCUGCAGCUCGAUCUCAACGUUGGAUGUUAGCUUCUGUGAUAAGGUGGCCGACCAGGCCAUGGUGCACAUUUCGCAAGGUCUAUUCCAGCUGCGCUCUCUAAGCCUCAGUGCGUGUCAAAUCACCGAUGAAGGUCUUUCUCGCAUUGCCAAAUCGCUUCACGAUCUAGAGACGCUUAACAUUGGCCAGUGUAGUCGCAUUACCGAUCGUGGGUUAGAAAUUGUGGCCGCCGAACUGGUCAACUUACGUGCCAUCGAUCUUUAUGGUUGCACCCGGUUAACACCGAAUGCGCUGCAAAAAAUUAAUCAACUACCGCGACUGUCGAAGGUUAAUCGAGGCCUGUGGCAUGUCCGGUGA